CUUUAGUGCUUGAUGUCAUAUUUACUUUGUUAAUAUUUUAUUUUUUAGACCCACCCAUCUCAGUGUCCAUCAGUCCAUCUGGUGAAAUAGUGGAGGGAGAUUCAGUGACUCUGAGCUGCAGCAGUGAUUCAAACCCACCUGCAGAAAUCAGCUGGUUUAAAGGAAAAACAUUUGUAGGAUCUGGAAGAAUCUACAGCAUCUCAAAGAUCAGCUCUGAUCACAGUGGAGAAUACAAGUGCAAGUCCAGAAAUAAACAUGGAGAGAAAUACUCUGAUGCUGUGACUUUAAACAUCAUGUAUCCACCUAGGAAUGUCUCAGUGUCCAUCAGUCCAUCUGUUGAAAUAGUGGAGGGAGAUUCAGUGACUCUGAGCUGCAGCAGUGAUUCAAACCCACCUGCAGACAUCAGCUGGUUUAAAGGAAGAACGUUUGUAGGAUCUGGAAGAAUCUACAGCAUCUCAAAGAUCAGCUCUGACCACAGUGGAGAAUACAAGUGCAAGUCCAGAAAUAAACUUGGAGAUAAAUACUCUGCUGUGACUUUAAACGUCAUGUAUGCACCGAGGAAUGUCUCAGUGUUAAUGAAUGGAUCUGCUGAAAUAGUGGAGGGAGAUUUAGUGACUCUGAUCUGCAGCAGUGAUUCAAACCCACCUGCUCUGAACUUCAGCUGGUUUAAGGAGGAUCAAAGCUCCUCUGUUGGAUCUGUACAGAGUUUCAGUGCACUACAGAGUGGAUGCUUCUACUGUGAGGCUCACAAUCAACAUGGAUCUCAGAGAUCAGACGCUGUUACUGUCAAUGUCAUGUACCCACCAAAGAACGUCUCAUUGUCCAUCAGUCCAUCUGGUGUAAUAGUGGAGGGAGAUUCAGUGACUCUGAGCUGCAGCAGUGAUUCAAACCCACCUGCAGAAAUCAGCUGGUUUAAAGGAGGGACGUUUGUAGGAUCUGGAAGAAUCUACAGCAUCUCAAAGAUCAGCUCUAAUCACAGUGGAGAAUACAAGUGCAAGUCCAGAAAUAAACAUGGAGAGAAAUACUCUGAUAUUGUGAUUUUGAACAUCAUGUAUGCACCAAGGAAUGUCUCAGUAUUCAUAAAUGGAUCUGGUGAAAUAGUGGAGGGAGAUUUAGUGACUCUGAUCUGCAGCAGUGAUUCAAACCCACCUGCUCUGAACUUCAGCUGGUUUAAGGAGAAUCAAAGCUCCUCUGUUGGAUCUGGACAGAGAUUCAGUGCACUACAGGGUGGACACUUCUACUGUGAGGCUCACAAUCAACAUGGAUCUCAGAGAUCAAAUGCUGUUACUGUCACAGUUCACCGUAGUGCUGCUAGGACUGUGUUUCAAAUCACAGUGGUAUCUGGAGGAUUAUUCAUCAUCAUAAGCAUCAUUGUACUAUUUAUAAUUCAGAGAAAAAUGAUGAAUGGAAGAUCUGCAAUACAUCCAUAUGAGAAUGAUGAUCUCAAUGCAAACAGAUAUACAGUUCUUGACUGCAGGUCCAGAUCUUCUGAUCAGUACAACAUACUCACAUCCGCCCAUCCCACACCUGCUGUUCACCAGUCGGGCUCUUCUUAAUAUGAGAAUCAGUCACCACACAGCAAGCUGACAUGGUAAGAUGAAGCCCAAGUUAAACUCUACGCAUCGUUGGACACCACAUCUCCUGAUGAAAAUGAAUGACUUUAUGUAUUCCCAUUCUGCAGUGUAGUUUCUCAUAGCAUUUGUUUGAAUUAUGUUCAGCAGUGUUGAAGCAGUUUUUCAGUUAAGUUAUAAGUUUUAUUGUUGAGCAAAAUUAUCUAAUUUGCUGUGAGCUGU